UCUGAUUUUAUUAUCGACGUCUUUCUUUCUCUUUCUCGAAUUCGUCUCCGAUCGUCUUAUAUUCGAUUAAAAACUAGAGUGUUGGAUGGACUGACAGACAAACGAACAGACAGACAGGCAGAUAGACAGACAGACAGACAGAGAGAGAGAGAGAGAGAGAGAGAGAGAAAUAGAAAUAGUUAUUGAGUGGAUUUUAACAGCGACACGUGUAAUCAAGAAAUUGUUUUCUACGUCUUCUUGCCUGUGUCGCCAGAAGUGUUUAUUUUUUGUUCUCUCUCUCUCUCUCUCUCUCUCUCUCUCUCUCUCUCUCUCUCUCUCUCUUUCUCUCUAACUCGACGACGCGUGAGUAUAAAAAAACAGAGAGCGAGAGGGAGAGGGAGAGGGAGAGAGAAAGAUGGUAAGAGAGGGGGAUAAGUCGUUUGAUUAUAAUACGAAGCACGAAACGUUAGUGAGUCACGUUUUGUACGACUUAUACCUGCAAUAAGGCAUGUUUUUCUUAUACGUAUAUACACGGUGUCCUUCGAUCGAACGAACGAACAUAAUCGAACGAGAAAGAAAAAAAGAGAAAGAGAGAGAGAAAAAACGGAAGAAUAAAAAUCAAGAUUGAACGAGAUCGUCAAAAUCGAACAAUCUUCGAAUAAAAUCAUCGAUGUGUGGUGUUCGGACAAAGAAAAGAUUCAGUGUAUUAGAAACGAAUAUGCAAGUGUGUGAAGUGUGACAAAAGAAAAUAAAAAAAAAAAACGAAAAGAAAAGGAAAGGAAAGGAAAGAAAAACAAAACUGAUUAGUGGUGAACUAGAACGUGUUAAAGAUGCGCACUUAACGGCGUGUCGAAGGGACAGUUUGAGAAAUCUCCUAGCAAAUAAAGAAGAAAAAAGAGAAGAAGAAGAAGAAGAAGAAAAAGAAACAAACAAACAAACGAACGAACGAACAAACAAACAAUCGAACAAAAAUAGGAGAUAAUAAAAGUCGGUGAAAGAUCAAAGGAAGUCAAAAGAUGUCGACUCAAGCUUACUACAAGGAGAGGUUGGGCUUCGACCCGGCUGACACCGUCGCCGAGCAUCACCGUGAGCAGAGGUCACAGCAUGGCUACGAGGAGAGUCUCUCCAAGUUCAAAGACGAACGAGACGCCAUACAAAAGAAGACCUUUACGAAAUGGGUGAACAAACAUUUGAAAAAGCAUUGGAAAUAUGUCAAGACUUACACGUGCCUGCACGUGUGCGUUCUUGUCAACAACCAACCAUGCUGCUCCCCCACCGCCAGCAGACAUGUCGGAGACCUGUUCGAGGACCUGCGGGACGGGCACAACCUUAUCUCCUUGUUGGAAGUACUCUCAGGGGAGCAUCUUCCACGGGAAAGAGGAAGGAUGCGUUUCCACAUGCUGCAAAACGUACAAAUGGCACUCGAUUUUCUUCGAUACAAGAAAAUCAAGCUUGUAAACAUACGUGCCGAAGAUAUCGUUGAUGGCAAUCCUAAAUUGACGCUUGGCCUGAUUUGGACCAUCAUACUGCACUUCCAGAUAUCAGACAUUGUAGUAGGUCAAGAACCAAAUGUAACAGCUCGAGAAGCUUUGCUAAGAUGGGCAAGACGUUCAACAGCUCGUUAUCCUGGUGUCCGUGUGACAGAUUUUACUUGUUCCUGGAGAGAUGGUUUAGCGUUUAGCGCACUUCUCCAUAGAAACCGUCCAGACCUCGUCGAUUGGAGAGGUGCUCGUGCAAGUCAACCUCGAGAACGGCUCGAUCGGGUCUUCCACGUCGCUGAGCGCGAGUACGGCGUUACGAGGCUUCUCGAUCCAGAAGAUGUGGAUACACCAGAACCGGACGAGAAGUCUUUGAUAACGUACAUCUCUUCGCUCUACGACGUGUUCCCCGAGCCACCUCCGAUUCAUCCCCUUUAUGAUACCGAAGCCCAAAGACGUUCCGCCGAGUAUCGUGAACUUGCUAGCUCUCUACAUCUUUGGAUACGUGAGAAGAUGACUCUAGUACAGGAUAGAUCCUUCCCACCAACUUUGAUCGAAAUGAAGAAACUCGCAGCUGAUAGCUCUAAAUUCAAAAACGAGGAAGUACCGCCAAGAUACAGGGACAAGCAAAGAUUGUCUUAUAUCUUUAGAGAUUUGCAGAAAUAUUUUGAAGCUGUUGGCGAGGUCGAUAUGGAACCAGAAUUGCACAUCGAUGUGAUUGAAAAGAAUUGGAGCAGAUUGAUAAUGUUACAUCAAGAAAGAGAACAGGCUAUUAUUGAUGAAAUCAAACGACUCGAACGACUUCAGCGGCUUGCCGAGAAAGUUCACCGUGAGAUGAAGUCGACUGAUAAUCGUCUGGAAGAAUUGGAAAGACGCGUGGAAGACGAGGCUCGACGUCUCGACCGCCUUCAUCCUUUAGAAGCUAAACAUGCGGUGGACCUGCUGGAACAGGACAUUCGCAAUACCGAAAUUCAAAUACAGAAUAUUUUUACCGAUGUACACACACUCACCGAAGGCAGAUACAGUCAAGCUGCUGAACUUCACAAGAGGGUGCAGAAAUUACAUCAACGUUGGGUAGCAUUACGUUCUCUCCUGCACAAACGUUUGGUACAACCACUUUCCGCGGUGUCCUUCCCAGUAGAAGAACGAGUUGUCACGAAGCAUCGAACGACAGUUCACGAAACGAGAUUGGUAGACACCAAUCCACAUUUCCGUUCAUUACACGACUGCAUCGACUGGUGCAAGGCCAAAUUAAAACAAAUCCAAGAAGCUGAUUACGGCUCGGAUUUGCAAAGCGUUCAAAACGAAUUCGACGUUCAUCAGAAGGAACAUAAAAAUAUCGAUCAGUUCCGUUCGAAAGUAGAUAAGUGUGUUCAAGCUAAAAAUAAUUUCCACGGGGAGGAAUUGACUUUGUAUAGUCAGCAUCUCAGCACUUUACAGAAACUUUAUUCUGAACUUUUGGCACUAUCGAACAAGAGACUUUCCGAUUUGGAUACUUUACAAGAUUUUAUACAAUCUGCAACUGGAGAACUUGUGUGGCUUAAUGCUAAAGAAGAGACCGAGGUGACAAGAGAUUGGAGCGAUAAGAACCUUAACGUUCAAAGCAUCGAACAGUAUUACGAGCGUACAUAUGGAUCUGGAAUUGAGUCCCUGAUGAGCGAUUUGGAGAAACGAGAAAUACAAUUUUCUGCUGUACAAGAUAGAGGAGAAGCGUUGGUUCUACAGCAUCAUCCUGCGGCAAAAACGAUCGAGGCCUAUAUGUCAGCGAUGCAGAGUCAAUGGGCUUGGCUCCUUCAGCUCACUCUCUGUCUCGAAGUUCAUCUGAAACACUCUGCGCACAGUCAGCAAUUUUUCAAGGAUAUUCAACAGGCCGAACAAUGGAUUUCGAAGAUAGACGAAACGCUUAACACGAUUUAUUCUCAAUCUGAUUUCUCUCUAGACGAAGGUGAACGAUUGUUAAAGGGUAUGCAAGAACUUAGAGAAGAACUUAAUAAUUAUGGUGAGCACGUUCAGAGAUUGGUCGAACAGGCUAAAGACGUUGUACCGAUGAAACAAAGAAGACAACCAGUAACGAGACCAUUGCAAGUUACUUGCGUUUGCAACUACAAGCAAGUGAAUAUGUCAAUCGAGAAAGGAGAACAAUGUACUCUUUAUGACAACUCUGGUAGAGUUAAAUGGCGUGUGAAGAAUUCGCAAGGUGUCGAAUCACCUGUACCAGGUGUCUGUUUUUCACUUCAUCCACCAGAUAAAGAUGCAUUGGAUGCUGCUGAACGAUCAAGACGACAAUACGAUAGGAGCGUGUCUUUGUGGCAACGCAAACAACUCAGACUCAGACAAAAUAUGAUUUUUGCUACCAUCAAGGUGGUCAAAGGCUGGGACUUACCUCAGUUCUUGGCUAUGGGACAAGAUCAACGUACUGCUAUUAGAAAAGCUUUGAACGAGGAUGCAGAUAAAUUACUCAGCGAAGGCGAUCCAGCUGAUCCACAGUUAAGAAGAUUGAAACGUGAGAUGGCUGAUGUUAACAGGCUCUUCGACGACUUCGAGAAACGUGCCAAAGCCGAGGAGGAAUCUAAAAACGCUGGUCGAAUAUUCAACGAACAGGUGUCCUCGCUUCAGCAAGCACUCGAUGAAGCUGAACGUAUCAUAAACGCACGUAUUGCGGCUCCUCUACCAAGAGAUCUUGAUAGUCUCGAGCAUUUGGUAUUAGAACACAAAGAUUACGAACAAAACUUGCAACAAUUGGCACCGGAAGUCGAUCAAGUACAACAGACCUUCCGUGGUAUCACUUUGAAGACGCCAGCUAUGAGAAAUAAACUCGACAGCGUAAUGACCAAAUGGAAUCAUCUUUGGAAUCUUAGCAAUCUUUACAUAGAACGUUUGAAAUGCGUAGAAAUCGUACUUUCUAGUCUUGAAGAAAAUACCACGGUUAUAUCCGAAUUUGAAAUAAAAUUGGCUUCGUUCGGUGAAUUACCGUCCGACGUUAAGGGCCUUCAAAAUGUUCUCGAGGAUCUCAUGAUCCUUCAAAAUGCCAUUGCUCAGCAACAAUCAUCCAUUGAUCAAUUGAAUGACGACGCCCACAACGCCAGACGUCUCGUUGAAAAAUCAAGACAUAAUCAUCAUGGACCGCAUGGGGAUAUGGAUAGAUUGGAUUCCGAGGUCAACAGAUUGAACGCUAGGUGGACUAAUGUUUGUGGUCAGCUCGUUGACAGAUUACGUAGUGCGGAAGCUGCUUAUAGUCUCGCACAACAGUAUCAUAAUUCCUAUCAAAACGAGGUUGAUUUCAUCGACGAAUGCUAUGGAAAACUCGAAUUGGAGAAUGCUAAGAAUUUGUUAAACAGAGUUGUGGAUCGUGCUCCAGCAAUCGAAGCAGUCAACGUUACUGGUGGAAGAUUAAUUCGCGAAGGCAAGAUCUAUGGACAAAGGCUCAGAGCAUUCAAAGAACAGCUGGAAGAAGUCUGCCCAUCGUUGGAUGCAUCGGUGAAAAGACCACGUAGAGAACCGGUAACUACGGUGGAUGGAGUAGCACGUGACCUUGACACACUAAAUAGAAAAUAUACUACCCUGUUGAGUCUACUGCAAGAACGAGUUAGGCAGUUGGCCUUGCUGUAUCCCGAAGAUAUCUCUUUGCAGCGUGCUCUUCAAGAGCAACGACCUCUGCGGACAUUCCGCACGGAAUUUAACAUCUACGAGAGUACAACUAGCGAAGAACGUUAUACCUCAACAACGACACAUUACACUCAAUCGCAGUACAUCACAGAAAGACACGAAUCAACGGAGACCAGCGUGAGUAGCGAUUCCGUUCGUCGUAGUACAAGUCGUGAAUCCUCGCCAUUGAAACGAGCAAGAACAGAAGGGCAACAAGAUGUCGGUUAUUCUCCUCGAAUCAGUGGCGUUACCGAGACGUCAACAACGACGACGGAUUCGACUACCGACGCUCGAAGCAGCAUGCAAUUUAGCGAAAUUAGGAGUCUUAAGAGGAUACACAGGGCUGAGGAGGGUAUCAGUACGGACAACGUGAUAGAUGCUAGGGGUAUCGUUCAUCCAAGUACUGGGAAGGUACUAACGGUUGGCGAAGCUAUAAGACUUAGGAUCCUUGAUGUUAGAAACGGUAGAAUAGCAACCUCGAGUGACGCGAAAACAAGCGUGACGAUCGAGGAAGCUGCGCGAAUGAAUCUGAUCGAUGGAAAUCUGGCGAAUCACUUAUUGGGACCUUGUGGGGUAACGGAGGACGGUCGACAAAUCUCACUACUCGAGGCUAUUCAGCAGGAGCUCUUUGAUGCCGAGAGAGGGGAUGAUAGAGUUAAGGUAACGACCAGUUUCUCGGGUGUUAGCGUUGCCGAUGCGAUGAGCGAGGGUUUGUUGGAUCCAAUAACGGGUCAAGUUGUUACGGCCAACGGUGAAAGAAUCUCCAUCGAGGAGGCAUACUCUAGGGGUUAUUUAACGAAACUCGAUGUCACGGUUAAAGUUAAAAAGAACGCUCUUGCGCUUUCCGACGCGAUAUCCCAAGGUCUUGUGGACGAUAGGUCGGGUCGUAUUCUUGAUAGAGUUACUGGGGAAUAUUAUCUAUUGAACGAGGCUAUAGAAAAAGGUGUUAUUGAUCCUGACGUCAAGGAAGUGGUCGAUGCACGUAACGAUAUCAAGUUGACGGUAGCUGAAUCGAUACAGCAAGGUAUAUUGAAUCCAAAGAGUGGUAGGUAUAUGCACGGUUUAUCAAUGGAGAGAUUAUCCUUGAAGGAAGCACGUCGAAGGCAACUUAUCGUUAAACCGAUGACACUCAAGGAUUGUUGCGAUUUGGAAAUAAUCGAUGAAACUGGUAGGAUAGCCAGUCCAGCGCAUCGGAAAAAAUUGACGGUAUUGGAAGCCAUAUCGAGGAGUGUCUUAGAUUCGGAAAAUCUCAAAUCUAUAACUGAUACGAAAGCCGGAGAACCGAUUACUUUGUCCGAUGCAUUGUCCAAAGGUGUUGUUAAACCGGAAGGUACGUUCAAAGAUACUUUAAAAGACGAGGAAUUGAGUAUACAGGAGGCAGUAGAUAAGGGCUUGGUCAUGUCAAUAUCACAGAAGACUAUUUUUGAUAUCGAUGGGUUUAAAGACCCCGUUUCUGGAGAAUACAUCAGCUUGAACUCUGCUCUUUUGAAAGGUUUGAUCAGUCCAAAAUCAGGAGGUUCUUAUAUAGUCGACUUGAAAACUGGAAAGACAGUUCCCUUGGACGUAGCCGAAGAACAAGGCUUCGUUAGGUCUACGGUAUCGGAGAUGCUUAAUUGCGGUAUUGGAAUUACGGAGGAGGGUCGUGAAAUCAGUGUGUUAGAAGCUGUUUUAUUGGAAUUAGUGGAUCCAAAAUCGGGUCAACUGUUGGAUCCACGAACUAAAAGAAUUGUUCCUUUGGAAGAUGCCAUUAAACGUGGUUUAAUCACACCAGACGGAGCUGCAUUGCUUACGAGUCUGCUAAAUAUCGCUGUAACGACCCAAACAGUUACCAAAACUGUGAAAAGAUAUGUAACCGUAUUGGAGACAGGAGAAGUAGUCAAUCGAGAUUGUAAAAUCACUUACGCGGAAGCUAUUAAACAUGGAUUGAUCGAUCAAACUAACAAAAUCUUUACCGAUCCUGACAGCGGAAAAAUUAUGAGCGUUCAUCAAGCUAUAGAAGAGGGUUUACUUGGUAAACGAAUGGAAGAAACACCUGCUGGGAAAGUACAUUUCCCAUCUAAGCAAGUCACGUUUGAAACUACCCUAGUCACAAACGUUGGUAACGUUGAUAGUCCUGAUGAAAGAGAGGAAUCACAACCAAUGGCGAUUGGAACGACUACGACUAUUAUAACUAAAGAAAUUGUUCCACCAAGCGAAGACAAGUUAACACAAUCUGCAACUAAACCUUCAGUCGUUUCAACGACCUUCAUACCUUCGUCAUCGAUCCAAUCUACUAUUAAGAAUGGUACGAUAUCUCCAAUAAGAACUAGUCCACCAUCUUCACCAGACAAUAUCGAUAGAUCGCGAUCCAGAUCGAAGAGUCCUUCGCAGCAUAGAGAAGAACAGAAAGCGAUGAUCGAUUCGAAUUCAUUCUCGACUAAUAAGGAUUCGAAUGAAACGAAAAUUGAGACGCAAAUUUCAGUGACAACUACUAGGAAUCAUAAAUCAGAAAUUAGUUCGUUUAUAGAAAGUGAACGUACUUUAACAGAAAAACGAGUAUUCGAAUUACCUACCGAUGGUUGGACACUUGCGGAUGCUAUUAAUCAGAAAUUGUUCGAUCCAGCAACUGGCCUAUUUAUCAUACCAGGUACUGAUAGAUUAGUAUCAUUCGAGGAAUGCAUAAAAUUACAAAUCAUUAAUCCAAAUUCUGGAGCUGUGAUUGAUCCGAAUAAUGGAAGGAAAGUGUCGUUAAUGAGAAGUUUAGAAAAAAAUAUUUUGGAUUCCACGGGACACUAUACUUACCCACAAAAAAUAUCUAUGAAAGAGGCAAUAGAAAGGCAAUUGGUAAUACUUCAAUAUAGAUCAUCCGAUUCCGAUGCAACAAAUCAAAGACUUUUACAAAUCACCAAGGUUUCUGGCAAACCUGAUAAAGUAGAAUUAACACACGUUGAUGAUCCAACGAAGGACACUGAGAUCAAAGUAACAGACGAGUCGUCCAUACUAGAUCCUGUACAAGUUUCGCGAGGUUUGAUUUAUGAUCCUGCAACGGCAUUAGUUAUCUCGACCGAUAACGGCACAUCUGCCAACCUUUUAAAAGCUGUCAACGACGGUACUUUGCAAUCUAAAGAUGUACUAGUUCGUGAUCCAUCAACAGGUAAAAACAUUGCAAUGCCUGAAGCAGUGGAACGUGGUAUACUCGAUUCAAAGACUGGCGAAUACAAAGUCGACGAUGAUAGAAAAUUAUCUUUGCUAGAUGCAACGAAAUUUGGCUUGGUAGCUGUCGUUGGUGCUCCUUUGGUGGCAGCAGCAGCUGCUGUUGAAGCUGUUAAAAAAGCUAUGAUCAAAGAUCCUACGACAGGAGAAAAAAUACCUCGAGAAGUUGCUAUAGAACGUGGUCUUGUCCCACCAGAAGAAAUAUCGAAUGUUAAAUCAUCCUCAGCGAUUACCGUAACAGAAACUUUACUAGAAGAUUUACGAACAAGUACAGACGUUCCAGUAUCUGAUUUUAAAGCGAAUGAAAGCGUAUCGUCGAGUGAUGUUGAACCAUCGAGGCAAGAAAAUGGUGAAAACGUAGAAAUAAAGGAUAUGGUUAUUACGAAAUCAUUUACACCUGAAGAGGAUAGUACCGAUACAGCGUCAUUGGUAGCUAAAGCAAGAGCAAGAGUAACUACGGAACCAAAGUAUACAGUAACGAUUGGUAAAGCUAAAUCAUUUUCGCAAAGUCCUGAAAGAGAAGCUAAACCGAUCGUGCUUCAAAAAAUGAAGAAGAGAAUCGUUAAAGCUAGCGAAGCUAUGGAAAGUGGUCUAAUCGAUGAAAAAACGGUACACGUUAUUGAAACUGAAAUCUCUGGAGAUGCGGAAAAGAAAAUGACAUUGUCCGAAGCUAUUGAAAGUAAUAGGAUCGAUGCCGAUAGCGGCAAAAUCCUAGAUCCACAAAGAGGUGAUGUUGUGUCCAUAAAGGAAGCUCUCGAUCGUGGGAUCUUAGAUCCAGAGAAUGCAGAUUUACUUGUCCCCUUAGCAAAGAGCCUUUCUAUUCCAGGAUUGUACAAACAAGGUCUGUUAGAUCCUCAAGAAGGCAAGGUUAUUCAUCCAGAAACAGGUGAUCAUCUUACUCUAAACGAAGCCAUAGUUUGUGGCAUAGUCGAUCCAUUAUCGAAAAUAAUUCAACCGAACGGACAAUUAGAUACUUUAGAAAAUGCCAUCGCAAAUGAUGUAAUCGAUGCCGAUAGAUCAUUAGUUAAAUCCGAAGGUGGUAGCGUUAAUUUAGUUAAAGCUGUAGAGGAAAACGUAUUUGAAAAUCGUGAAAGGACUAAAUCUUUUGAAUUGCCACCAGCUGGUAUGACUUUCCCAGUUGCCUUGAAGCGUGGCUUGAUCGAUCCAUCCAAAAAUGAAAUUAGACAUCCUAUCACAGGUGAAAAUGUAUCUUUGAAAGAUGCUAUAGCAACUGAUUUUAUAAUGACUCUACCUUAUCCAGUUGCACAAGAUAGUAUUAAAAUAACGGAAGCUCUCGAAUCCGGUCUUAUAGAUAAAGAAAAAGGUGUGUUUGUUCAUCCUACAACCGGUACAUCCAUACCAAUCGUAGAAGCUGUAGAAUCUGGUCUUCUGAUUAUAAAAACACCAGAAAAAGAUGAACGCAUCAGUACGAUUACCGAAACAGUGACAUCUUAUCAUACGAUUACCACGAAAACUAUAGAACUUUUGCCGGGAUAUGUUUUGUUAAAUGCAACACAAGUACAAAAUCUUGAAACUGGUGAUACUCUCACGAUCGAAGAGGCACGUGAUCAGGGAAUCAUUAAAGAUGAAUCUGAGAAGAAAGAAGAGUUUACAACCAAGGAUAUCAGGAUUACUUUCAGCGAUGCUGUAGAAAAGGGUUUGGUCGAUAUGAAUGCAGGAACUUAUACUGAUCCUAACACAGGUGCUAUUAUGCCAAUUUCAAAGGCAGUAGAAGUCGGUAUUCUUGAUACCUCGAACCAGGCAAAUGAACCCAGUACUUCAGUACCAACUACACAAAACAGUCUGACUAUCUUGGAAGCUAUAGAACAAAUUUAUGAUGAUAAGACCGAAUCUUUUACCGAUCCUGAAUCGAAAAAAUCAUACAAUUUAACCGAAGCGAUAGAAGUUGGCUUGAUCGAGCCAGAUUCCGUUCUAUACGAUGUAAAAACAGCAGAAACCAUAACAACAAAAGAGGCUCUAGAAAAAGGUCUGCUCGAUCCUCAAACCGGUAAAAUAAAACAAAAAGAUGGAGAAAGCUCAAUGAGUAUUGCUAAAGCUGCGAAACUCGGACUUUUAGCGGUCGUCGCUGCACCCGUUUUAGCUGGGAAAGCUGUAGUCGAUGCUAUUCAAACGAGACAAACUAAAAAACCUAGUUCACCUGUAGAGUCUAUCUCGGCAGUAGAAUCUACCUCAAUUUCUGCAGUAACACAAAGCAAAGUCGAUACAGUAGAACCUACUUCAAUUUCUACAGUAACACAAAGUAAAGUCGAUGUAGUAGAACCAGUCUUAAUUUCUCCAGUAACACAAAGUAAAAUCGAUAAAACGAUUGAAUCUGAAAGUAAAAAAUUACCUGAUGAAGUGGAAGGAAUUCCAUUGGAUCAAGAGUCCAAACUUCUGUCUACACCAAAGGCUAGUGCAAAGGAAAUUUUACAGAAAGAAGAAAAAGAAGUAUGCGAUUCAUUUAUCGCCAAUGAAAAAUCAACAGCACCGAUAGAAGAACCUCAAACAACAAAAAUACCUGAUACAAUUGAAAUAGAAGAUCUAGAUCAACAGGAAAGAGAAGAUUUAGAAGAUGCAGACGAAAAAUCUGAUGAAAAGUUAUCGCAAAUAGUCGUAUCGAAGGAUUUAUCACCACGUGAUCUAGCUGAUCGAGGUCUAUAUAAUAUGGAAAACGAAAGAUUCGUUGAUCCUACAACGGAUAAUAUUAUUUCAUUCAAUGAAUUCGUUCUCGACUUACAAAUCUUUGAUCCUGACAACGUAUGGGUUAAAGAUCUUUCAAAGAAAUCGGAUAAAUAUGUUACUCUUCGAGAAGCAAUCGAUAGACCACUGGUAGAUAGAAAUGUGGGUUACAUGGUAGAUCCUAAAAGUGGUAAGAAAAUACCAUUCUUCGAGGCGGUCAAAUUGGGAUGGAUUGAACAAAGACCUAGCAGUGUUGAAAAGGAACCUUUAACUUUAAGCUUACAAGAAGCAGUAGAAGCAGGCGUUUGCGAUCCUAUUAACGCACAAAUUCAUGAUCCGAAAUCUGGAGAACCAUUAUCUUUGUCCGAAGCAGUCGAAGUUGGAUUGAUCGAUGCUGAUUCCUUAGCUAUAAGAAAUCCAAUUAGCGAUGAAAUAUUACCUCUAUCCGAAGCAUUAGAAUCUGGUGUGAUAGAUCUGCAUAAAGGGGUCAUUAUCAACGUUGAAACAAGGACAGAAAUUGAUAUCAAAGUUGCUUUCUUAAAGGGUAUGAUAGUACCACGUGCUCGAAAACCAAUUUCUUUGGAAGCUGCAAUAAACAAUGGCAUAUACGAACCUAAUACAGGAAAGAUACAAGAUCCUUUGACUAAACAAUUCGUAGACGUUGAAGAAAGUGUUCGAAGAGGUAUAAUCGAUGCUUUCAUCACCGAAUGCCAGGAUACCAAAGCUGGCUCUUUCGUUUCUCUCGACGAUGCACUAACUAUAAAUCUAUUAAACUCAAAAAUGGGACGUUUACAAGAUACGAAAGCUGGUGAACUUCUUCCUUUGGAUACAGCAUUAAACAGAGGCUUGAUCAUAACGACACCAUUCGUGCCUUCGUUAAUAGAUGUUAUAGCACAAGAAUAUUACUCUCCUAAAACUGGUCUUGUCCUUAAUCCUGUGAACGGUGCAGAAAUGACAAUAAAAGAAGCUUUAACUAUUGGCUAUAUUGACGACCGAACAACUAUGAUAAAGGACGACAGACGUGAUAAAGUUGUGUCGGUUAAAGAGGCAGCGGAAACAUUAUUAUUAGAUUUACAAUGUGGUUUACUAAAUUAUCCUCAUUCCAUGACAUUGGACAUUGCGUUUGAAAAGGGUUACUUGUUAAGUACGACCAAACCUUGGACGUUGCAAGAAGCUCUGGCUCAUCAGACUUAUGAUCCUAAAACAGGUACCUUCACUAUCGAUGGAGAAAGUUAUGUGUUAGAAGAAGCCAUUGCUAAAGGUAUAAUUAAUCAAGAUAGUCCAUCGAUCAAAGAUCCACGGAAUAACGAUAUUAUAUCUCUUGGUGAUGCUAUCAAACGUGGCCUUAUCAAUCCAAAAAGUGGAACAGCUAUUGAUCCUUCCACAGGUGUACCACUUUCUUUAACGGACGCAUUGGAUCGUGGCCUGGUAGUUCCAGCAAAACGAAAAAUAUCUUUACCAGAAGCUAUAUUCAAAGGUUUUUACGAUCCAAAAACUGGUCACUUCAUUAUUCCAGACACACAAGAAAAGUUACCAACUGAUCGGGCUAUUAAAAAAGGUGUCAUUGAUACGACCACAGCUAUCGUUCGACAUGAUAGCGGUGAUGUGAUCACGUUCACCGAAGCUAUAGAAAAACUUAUAGUUGAUCCAAAAACUGGAACAGUAGCUACCGAAAAGGGACGACGUUUAGAUUUUCACGAAGCUUUGGAACGUGGUCUUCUGUUGGAAACACGUAGACCAAUGAGCUUCAGUGAAGCAAUCUCAAAAGGUAUAUUGGAUGAUAAAACCAAUACAUUUUUGGAUCCUCAGACUGGUACUUAUUUAACAAUAUUGGAAGCUAUACAAAAACAUCUGAUAGAUGCAGAUUCGGUAACAGUAAAAGAUGUUAGGUCACCGUUCUUAAAAACAAUGCCAUUGAUGGAAGCAAUAGAAUUAGGCUACGUUGAUGGAAAUACUGGACGUGUUAAAGAUCUCAACAAAGGCAACGUUGAAAUGUCUUUACGUGAUGCUUACGAAUCCGGCUUGAUCAUAGACAAUAAAGCGGCUGUGUCUUUGCAACGAGCUGUUCAUCAAGGAUUAUACGACGAUAAGAGUGGAAAAAUCAUUGAUCCUGGCACUAACAGAGCUGUAACCCUUCACGAAGCUAUGAGAAAAUGUAUCAUUGGACCUACCUUACCUUGCUAUUGGGAUAAAAGAUCGGAAAGACUUUUGUCGCUUGCCGAAACUUGUCGUGCUGGUGUAAUAGACAGACGUUCCGGCAUGUUCAAAGAACCUGGUGCUAAUUGUACAGUCACUUUAUCUCUUGCAUUACAACAUGGUCUUAUCGUCGACAUCGAAAGCAUGGGAUUUGGUUUAUACGAAGCAAUAUUGAUGGAUAUGUACGAUUCAUCGUCAGGGAAAUUCAUACAUCCAUUAAAUAAUAAAAAGCUUACAUUGGCCGAAGCAAUUCAAAUAGAAAUGAUCGAUCCACUUACUUCGAUCGUAAAGAAUACUAAAUCCAACAAAUAUGUUCUUUUGGCCGAGGCAAUUUCUGAUGGAAUUAUCGACGAUAUUCGUGGUACAUAUAAUAUUUCUGAAAUCGACAAGGUAAUGGAUUUACAAGAGGCCAGAAAAAAAGGUUUCAUAGUAACAUCAAAAACUCCGCUUUCGAUAGAAGAAGCAGUGAAGUGUGGUCUUUAUCGCGGUGACAGCGGCAAAUUUGCGAAACCCACAGUUAAUGAAUUUUACGAUUUAGUCCAAGCCCUUUCGGCCGAAUUAAUUGAUCCUGACACAACUGCGUUAAAGGAUGCUACUACGGGACAAAUAAAAUCUCUACAAGUUGGUAUCGAUGAUGGAACGAUAGACGUACCCAAAGGCAGAGUGCUCGAUCCUAAAACCAAACGAUCUUACAACAUAGACGUUGCCUUCGAACGUGGAUUAUUAGUGACCGUAGAAAAACCAUUGACUCUUCAACCACAAAGAUCUUCUUUGGAAGGACAAAAAGCAUCUCCUAAGGAAAGUAAUACGAGAGAGUGUACGGUCGAAGAAGCUAUCAAAUAUGAGUUUAUUAAUCCGAAUGUGGCAGUCGUUAGAGACCCAAGAAAUGGAAGGUUCAUAGUUUUGAAAAAAGCCCUUGAUGAAAGAAUCAUCGAUCCUUCGGAAAAAGGAACGAUCGAACCACAAGUUGGAAAAUUAUCGAGCAGAUGCAUACGUUUCGGUGAAAAUACUGUUUUCCUGUUACCACCGUUGUCAUUUGAAGAAACUCUAGAGAAAGGACAUCUUUCCUUCGAAACUGGAAAAGUAACGGACCCAAGUAGCAAUGAACAAAUAACUUUGAAAGAAGCCGUCACUCUUGGUAUCAUUGAUCCGGAUUCAGCAUUGAUAAAAGAUGCUCAAAAGAAAAAAUUAGUUAGAUUGCCAGAAGCUUUCAGGAAAGGGAUGAUGGAUCCGGAGAAGGGCAAUGUCUUAGAUACAGAUACGUCUAAAUUAUAUACCUUGUCCAAGGCCGUAGAAAUUGGUUUAGUUAUGACUCCCAAACAAGGCUUUUCGUUCAUCGAAGCUCUCGAGUUUGGUCUGUAUAAUCCAACAACUGGUAGUUAUCAUGAUCCAUUCUUAAUAACUUCGGUAUUAGAAAGAAAACGCUUGACUUUAGCAAGUGCAAUAGAGGGGGGUUUGAUAGAUCCGUCGACAACAGUGAUCAAAGAUCCUAUUAGUGGUAAUAUCGUAAGUUUGUUGGAAGCUGUAAAUAGUGGGAAGGUAGAUAGUGUGGCGGGCAGGUUUUUUGAAGAUCCAGAGGGAAAGAGUAUCGACUUCGUGAAGGCCAUGGAACGUGGUUAUAUACUCACCGCAGAAGCGAGGCAAGCGGUAGAAGAGAAGUAUAAAUUGUGCGAUGAAACGUUAUCCAAACUUCUUCAAUGGAUAUCCGAGGUCGAAGAUAAACUUGCCAAUCAAGAUACCGUUAGAGAAGAUAUCGAAGAAUUAAGAAAUCAGAUAAACGUCAUGAAAGAAAUAAAGGAGGAUUUAGAAUCUCAUGGACGUCAAGUUUCAUCUUGUCUGGAUCAAGUUCGUCAAGUCGUUUUAACAGGCAGCGACGUAUUGUCAAGCGAUGAGGUAUCAACAUUAGAGAAAAGUGGUAGAUCACUUAAAACCAGGUUCGACAAAACUACUGAUCGUGCUGAUAAAUUAGUCAGACGAUUGGUAGGAGCCAGAGACGAAUUAUGCAAAUUCAAAAACGAACUCUCAACAUUCUCUGUUUGGUUGGAUAAAGCACGUCGAACUUUAGAAAACAAGGAAAGAUCUUUGUCAGAUUUAAAUAAACUAAGCAGCAGUGCAGACACCACUCGCGAUUUCAUCAGUGACGUUAUAGCUCAUCAAGCAGAUCUUAGAUUUAUAACCAUGGCUGCCCAGAAAUUCGUCGACGAAAGCAAAGAAUACUUGCAAAUUUUGAACGAUUUUAGAACAAGCUUGCCACAAAGAUUACCUCAUAAAGAGCCUACAGCCAGUCAAGAUUCGCCUGUAAGACACGAAGUCUCUCUUGUAACGACCCAAUACAAGGAUUUGUUAUCACGUGCUAAUCAAUUGUCAGAUAGAUUGUCAGGAGUGGGUGGAAAGCAACGUGAUUAUAAUGAAUCGUUAGAAAAGGCAAAUACGUGGUUAAGAGAAGUAGAACCAAAAGUGCACCGAAUUAUAUCCGAAGCUAUUGCAGCCGAGCCGAAACAAGUGGAAGAUCAAUUGAACAAAGCCAAAGCAUUGAACAACGAAUUCCUUGCUAAUGAACGUUUAAUAGACGCAGCGAAAAAUAGCGUCGAUGCUCUACUUAGAUCGCUUGAUGGACAGUUGACUCCUCAGGAAGUCGAUGCGCUUCAAGAUCCAGUUAGGGUAGUCGAAGAUAAGUACAGGCAACUCAGCGAGGCCUUGCAAGUUAAAUGUCAAGAAUUGGACACAGCGUUGGUGCAAUGUCAAGGUGUUCAGGAUGCUUUAGAUGGUUUGGUUGUAUGGUUGAACAAUGCUGAAAGUCAGUUCAAGAAUCUUCAACGUCCUGCAAGUUUGCAAAAGGAACAUCUCGAAGAACAGCAAAGAGAACAGCGUCUACUUCAAGCAGACUUGGAUAGUCAUCGUUUAAGCGUAGAUGCCAUUGCUGCCAGUGCCCAAGAUCUCUUAUUAAAUUCAAACAAUGUUCGCGUUGCCAAACGUAUCGAGGGCAAACUCAAAGAUGUACAAAGCAGAUUCGAGAAACUUAUGGACAAGUCUUUACGUCGCGGAGAGUUCCUCGACGAUGUUGCUCAAGCUCUUAAUGAAUUCCUUAGUGAAACAUCUAAAUUUGAAACGUGGUACUCACAUAUGAUCGAGUCACUCGAAUCUAGAGAAUUGAAUAAACUCGAUGUGUCUGAAUAUGAAAGUAAAAUGGCAGAAUUGAUCGACAGACGUGAAGAUCAGAGAGGUCAUUUCGAGGAUCUCAUUCGAAAUGGAAAGAAUUUGGUUUCUAAAAAAGAUAUUACCGAAGCUACUGCCAUUAGAGAUAAGAUCAAGGUACUCGAAUCUCAGUGGAAAGAAUUGAACAAUCUUCUUGACGAAAAACAGAGACUUAGUAAAUCGAGAGCAGAACAAUUAUCAGCCUACGAAAAGUUACGCGAUCAAGUGAUAGACUGGUUGACGCGUACAGAAAAUAAAUUGCAGAGAUUAGAGCCAGUAGCUGUUGAUUUAGACAAACUGAAAAAGCAAGUUGAGGAGUUGAAGCCUAUACAAAAAGAAUAUCGUGAUUAUGGUGGUACCGUUGAUAAGAUAAAUGAUCUUGGUAUAGCUUACGAUUGUUUAUUGAAGGAACGUGGUGAAAGUCCAACUCGUCGUCGUGGUAGUACCAGCCCUACGAAAAGACCAGUACGACGAAUGUCACAAGACGGUCGUUCACCAUCUCCUACAAAAGGCUACGCGCUACAAAGUCCGGUAUCUCCAGGUGGUAGCAGUGGAUUCAGCAGCCGACGGUCCAGCCAGGAUGGUUUCCAUUUGGAAGAUUUAUCGCCUGUUCAGCAACAAUUAUCAGAAAUCAAUAAUCGAUAUGGUUUGCUAGGUGUGAGAUUAUGCGAUCGGCAAACAGAUCUGGACAAUGUUAAAGAAGAGUUAAGGAAACAUUUGGAUAAUUUGAAAACACUUUCUCUCUUCUUGGAUAAGAUCCAACGCCAACUCCCGAAGGAAAGUAUUCCAACGAUCAAAGACGAAGCAGAUAAGACGGUAAAACAGAUAAAAGUAAUCGUUGAAGAGAUGUAUGAAAAACAAUCAUUAUUAGAUAGUACAAGAACCCAAGUACGUGAUCUGGUUAGGCGUAAAAAGGGAGCUGAUGGUAGCGAUAGGCUGAACGAUGAAAUGGAAGAUGUAGCAAGCCGUUGGAAGUCAAUUUCUGAUAGAUGCAAGGACAGAAUUAAAUUUUUGGAGGAUAUCAAAGAUUUCUACGAUACUUUCGAUGGUCUGAAUUCUUGGCUUGGUGCAAAGGAAAGAAUGCUGGGUGCAUUAGGGCCAAUAUCAUCGGAUCCAAGAAUGGUUUCUAGUCAAGUCCAACAAGUUCAAGUACUCAGAGAAGAAUUCAGAACUCAGCAGCCGCAGUUGGAUCAUUUGAUUCAAGUUGGUGAAAAUGUUCUUGCCAGGAUAUCUGCCGAUUCACCGGACGGUCAAAAGAUCAGUACCAAGUUGCAUAGUAUUUUACAAAGAUGGGCAGAUCAACUCAGUCGAUUGGACGAACGUGGACAGAGUUUGGGUGAUGCAGUUGGUACCAGUCGUGAAUUCGACGCCAGCCUUAAUCGUCUACGUGAUGCUCUUCAAACGAUUUCAGACAAUUUGGACGAUUUACCUCUCGAUAAAGAUCCCGAGGAACAGUUACGUAAGAUCGAAAAUUUGGAGAGACAAUUGGAAGGACAGAGACCGUUGUUAGCUGAUGCCGAAGCAGCUGGUGGACAAUUAUGCGAAGUAUUAAGUGAUCCAGCUUCGAAAUCUGAGAUCCAUGGUAAACUUACAGCUGUUGGAAAACUAUACAUCAACUUGCAAAAGAAAUUGGAUCAUAGAAAAGCUGAAAUCGAAGGUAAUCUUAGAGAUGGUCGACAGUUUGAAGCUUCCUGUAGUAAAACUCUUGGCUGGCUUGCCGAUGAACUUGGAAAUAUGUCUGAAAAAUUAUUGGUUUCGGCUGAUCGAGAAAUAUUGCAACAACAAUUGGAUCAUCACGAGCCGGUGUAUCGUAACGUAAUGGGUAAAGAACAUGAAGUCAUUAUGUUGCUGAACAAAGGACGUGAUAUUAUUACACGUUCGCAAAAAUCUGAAAAUCGUUCUCUUCAACGCGAUCUUGAUAAAAUGCAAUCUCAAUGGGAUCGUUUGAAAAAGGAUACUCUCGAUAGACACACCAAACUUCAAACUUGCGCAGAACAUUGUAAGAAGUAUUAUAGAGCACAGGAUCAAUUUUUACCAUGGUUGAGACAGGCUGAAGAUAAGUUGGAAAGCUUGAAGCCAGCAUCCUUCAAACGCAAGGAUAUUGAAAAACAAUUGAAGGAAUUAUCGUCAUUCAGAAACGAAGUGUGGAAACGUUCUGGUGAAUUUGAAAAUAACAAAACUCUUGGAGAAUCCUUCCUUGGUGCUUGUGAUAUCGACAAGGAAAUAGUUAAAAAUGAAUUGAAUGCCAUGAAAACAAGAUGGGACAAAUUGAAUAAUGAUCUUUUAGAAAGGACACAGUCUUUGGAGGAUACCGCACGUCAUCUUACAGACUUCGUAGAAAAUCUUCGCGAUUUGAAGCAUGAUUUACAGCGUUGCGAAGACAAGUUGGCUUCUCAUGAUGCUCUUGGUGGAGCAUCUAAAGAUCCAAAGCUUCUCGAUAGAAUUAAGAAUUUACGAGAAGAAACAGCUAGCUUGAAGAAACCUUUGCAAGCAGUACGCAAACAGGCCAAUGAUUUAGUAAAUAAAGCUCAGGAACAAGGAAUAGAUGCAACACAUUUACAAGAUGAAGUUGACAAUGUAACCGAUCGAAUCGAUGAUUUGCAAGCAAAAUUAGACGAUAGGUGUAACGAGUUACAGAGUGCUGCUACUGCAAUGGCACAAUUUAAUGAUCACGUCAAGAUCAUUAAUCAACAUUUAACUUCUAUAGAAAAGGAAUUAGAUUCGAUGAAAGCACCUGGUCGAGAAAUUAAAGUCGUUAGAGGUCAGAUCGAAGAUAUCAGCAAAAUCAUUCAUAAAGUUAAUAAACUCUGCGAUGAAGCUAACGAUCUUGAAAGUCUUGGUGAACGUUUGGUCGACAAUGGCUUUGCUGCUGACUCUGUAGCAACCAGACAACAAAUUGAAAGUCUUAAACGACAAAUUGGAAAGCUCGAUGAACGUGCACGUAACAGGGAAGAAGAAUUAAGUACUGCAUUGAAUAAAUUGCAAGAAUUUUAUCAGGCUCAUGGAAACGUUAUGGAUGAAAUCGCUGAAACUAACGAUCAAGUUAGAAAAUUCAAGCCAGUUGGUUCGGAAGUCGAUUCGAUCAAAGCACAGCAAGAAGAUUUCAUGGCACUUAAGAUCAAUAAAAUUGAACCUAUUUCUCGCAACGUCGAUUUAUGUAAUGCUCUUGGUCAGGGACUUAUUCAAACUGCAGGUCGUGAUGUUAGCACCACGAACAUUGAAAAGGACCUUGAUAAAAUGAAUGAUAGGUGGAACGAUCUGAAGGACAGAUUGAACGAACGUGACAGAAAAUUAGAUGUAGGUUUACUCCAGUCUGGUAAAUUCCAAGAAGCUUUAAAUGGUCUCGAAAAGUGGUUAACCGAUACCGAAGAAAUGGUUUCUAAUCAAAAACCACCGUCGUCCGAUUAUAAGGUAGUCAAAGCACAACUUCAAGAGCAGAAAUUCUUGAAGAAAAUGUUAAUGGAUCGACAAAAUUCAAUGUCAUCUUUAUACAAUAUGGGUGAAGAAGUAACAGCUGGAGCAGAUACGAAGGAACGUAAAGUUAUAGAGAAACAAUUGAAGAAUUUGAUGGGUCGAUUUGAUAAUUUAACGGAAGGUGCUGCAGAAAGAAUGGAGGCUUUAGAACAGGCCAUGGCCGUGGCUAAACAAUUCCAAGACAAAUUAAUACCACUUGCUACGUGGCUGGACAAAACGGAAAAGAAAGUUAGAGAAAUGGAAUUGGUACCCACUGACGAAGAGAAAAUUCAACAACGAAUUUCCGAACAUGCUGUACUUCAUAAUGAUAUACUCUCGAAGAAACCAGACUUCAGCGAAUUAACCGACAUAGCUAGUCAACUGAUGGCUCUUGUUGGUGAAGAUGAGGCAGCUGCCUUGGCAGAUAAACUUCAAGAUGUCGCUGACAGAUACGCUGCACUCGUUGAACGUUCAGAAGCACUUGGUGAACUUCUACAACGUUCGAGACAAGGCUUACGACACUUGGUUCUUACCUAUCAAGAUUUACAAGCUUGGAUGGAAGGCAUGGAAGUUAGGCUUUCAAAAUAUAGAGUAUUGGCUGUUCAUACAGAAAAACUUUUACAACAAAUGGAAGAUCUAGCAGACCUAACGGAAGAAGUGUCUACAAGACAGACAGAAGUAGAUAGUACAACAGAUUCGGGCUUGGAAUUGAUGAAACACAUUUCUAGCGACGAGGCUCUCCGGCUAAAAGAUAAAUUAGAUUCAUUGCAACGUCGUUUCAAUGAUUUGGUAACACGUGGAUCGGAUCUUCUGAAACAUGCACAAGAAGCUUUACCAUUGGUCCAACAAUUCCAUGACAAUCACAAUCGUCUCAUGGAUUGGAUGCAAGGAGCAGAAUCAGCUUUACAAUCUGCUGAGACUCGCGAAGAUGAAAUCAUAAGACUCGAAAUGGAAAUUUCAGAAUAUAGACCUGUUCUCGAUAAAAUCAAUGCGGUCGGUCCACAAUUGUGUCAAAUAUCUCCAGGAGAAGGUGCUGCUACCAUAGAAGGCCUGGUAACUAGAGACAACAGAAGAUUCGAUGCAAUUGCUGAACAAAUUCAGAGAAAAGCUGAAAGGAUUCAAUUGAGCAAACAACGAUCUCUGGAAGUUAUCGGGGACAUCGAUGAUCUCCUCGAUUGGUUCAGAGAAGUUGAUAAUCAAUUACGUGAAGCCGAGCCACCGAGUAGCGAGCCCGAGAUAAUAAGAGUUCAACUGAAAGAACACAAGGCUCUGAACGAUGAUAUAUCCAGUCAGAAAGGCCGUGUUCGUGAUGUCAUUUCAACAGCUAAGAAAGUUAUUCGUGAAAAUGCUCAUCACGAAGAUACGUCAACGAUACGAGAUAAAAUGGAAGAUCUUCGAGAAACAAUGGAAAUUGUAUCAGGUCUUUCUUCUGACAGAUUGGGCGCUUUGGAGCAAGCAUUACCAUUGGCUGAACAUCUUCGUGAUACUCAUGCAGGUCUUGUGAGUUGGUUGGAAGAAGCUGAACAACAAGUUGCUAUGUUACCUAUGCCUGCUUUGAGACCAGAUUUAAUCGCAGUUCAGCAAGAUAAAAAUGAAAUUCUUAUUCAGAGCAUUAACGAACACAAACCUUUGGUAGAAAAAUUGAACAAGACGGGUGAAGCUUUGAUCAAACUAUGUAACGAGGAAGAAGGUUCGAAAGUUCAAGAUAUCGUGGACAAUGAUAACGCUCGUUAUGCAGCUCUAAGAUCAGAGCUAAGAGGUCGUCAACAAACGUUGGAACAAGCAUUGCAAGAAUCUUCGCAGUUCUCCGACAAAUUGGAAGGUAUGUUACGAGCUUUAACGUCAACCGCUGAUCAGGUACAUGGUGCUGAACCGGUCAGUGCACAUCCGCCAAGACUACGAGAUCAAAUGGAAGAAAAUGCUGCACUGGCUGAAGAUCUAGCUCAAAGAUCGGAAGCUUAUGCUGCUGUGAGAAAAGCUGCUGAUGAUGUUAUCAGUAAAGCAGGAAAUAGAGCUGAUCCUGCUGUUAAAGAUAUCAAACGUAAGCUAGAUAGACUGAACCAAUUAUGGACAGAUGUACAAAGAGCAACUACGGAACGUGGUCACACCUUGGACGACACCUUGUCGAUCGCAGAGAAAUUCUGGUCAGAGCUGAAUGGGGUAAUGUCAACUUUAAGAGAAUUGCAGGAUGCUCUAGCUGGACAAGCACCGCCAGCAGCACAACCAGCUGCCAUACAACAACAACAAGUAGCUCUGCAAGAGAUCAGACAGGAAAUCGAUCAAACCAAACCCGACGUAGAACAAGUAAGAGCAUCUGGUCACGAAUUGAUGGGCCUGUGUGGUGAACCUGACAAACCGGAAGUACGAAAGCACAUCGAAGAUUUGGAUCAAGCUUGGGACAACGUCACUGCUCUUUACGCUAGACGCGAAGAAAACCUUAUCGACGCCAUGGAGAAGGCCAUGGAAUUCCAUGAAACUCUUCAAAAUCUCUUGGAAUUCUUACAGGAAGCCGAAGAUAGAUUUGCUGACAUGGGUCCGCUUGGUAGUGACAUAGACGAAGUUAAAACUCAGAUCAAACAGUUGGCAAACUUUAAAGCCGAGGUCGAUCCGCACAUGGUGAAGGUCGAAGCCUUAAACAGGAGUCUGACAAGGCAAGCAGCUGAGCUGACAGAAAGAACAUCGUCUGAACAAGCAGCAGCUAUCAAGGAACCAUUGGGUGCUGUUAACAAACGUUGGGACGGAUUGCUCAGAGGUGUUGUAGAAAGACAAAGACUUUUAGAAAAUGCUUUGUUACGAUUAGGACAAUUCCAACAUGCUCUUGAUGAGUUACUCGUUUGGAUCGAUAAGACGGAUAGAACGUUGGACAAUUUGAAAGCAGUUGCAGGAGAUCCGCAAGUUAUCGAGGUCGAAUUAGCUAAACUGAAAGUCUUGGUUAACGAUAUUCAAGCACAUCAAACUAGUGUGGACACAUUGAACGAUGCUGGCAGACAAUUGAUCGAAGAUGGAAAAGGUACAACCGAGGCUUCGACAACGGCAGAAAAAUUAGGGACGCUCAAUCGUCGUUGGAGGGAUCUGCUUCAACGAGCGGCUGAUCGGCAAAGAGAAUUGGAAGAUGCUUUGAGAGAGGCACAAUCGUUCACUGCUGAAAUCCAAGAUCUUUUGUCGUGGUUAGGCGAUGUUGAUAAUAUGAUAGUAGCAUCGAAACCAGUCGGCGGCUUACCUGAAACAGCAUCGGAACAAUUGGAACGAUUCAUGGAAAUUUAUAACGAGUUGGAACAAAAUCGACCAAAGGUAGAAACUGUUUUGCAACAAGGACAAGAAUAUAUGAAACGUGCCGAUGCAAGUAGUGCGGGUGGCUUGAAUCAUAAUCUUCGAACCUUGAAGCAGAGAUGGGAUAACGUCACUGCACGAGCAAGUGAUAAGAAAAUCAAAUUGGAAAUUGCUUUGAAGGAAGCAACGGAGUUCCACGAUGCCUUGCAAGCGUUUGUUGAUUGGCUGACGAAUGCAGAAAAGAUCUUAACGAAUCUCAAACCUGUUUCCAGAGUCAUGGAGACCAUAUUAGGUCAAAUAGAAGAGCAUAAACAAUUUCAGAAAGACGUUGGCGUUCAUAGAGAAACUAUGUUAAAUUUGGAUAAGAAGGGAACGCAUUUGAAAUACUUUUCACAAAAACAGGAUGUAAUACUUAUAAAAAAUCUGUUGAUCAGUGUCCAACAUAGAUGGGAACGUGUUGUGUCGAAAUCAGCCGAGCGAACUAGAGCGCUCGAUCAUGGAUAUAAAGAGGCAAGAGAGUUUCACGAUGCAUGGUCGAAUUUGCUCAAUUGGUUGGACGAGACAGAAAAGACUUUGGACGAAGUUGCUGCCGAUGGUCUUGGUGGAAAUGAUCCAGAAAAAAUAAAAUCACGUCUCAACAAACAUCGCGAGAUACAGAAAGCAUUGAGCGCUAAGCAAGGUACGUAUGAUACGACUAUGAAGAAUGGUAAAGCUUUGAAGGACAAGGCACCGAAGGCCGACGAGUCUGCUUUGAAGGAAUUGUUGAACGAAUUGAAGAACAAGUGGACGACAGUUUGUUCUAAGUGCGUUGAUAGACAGAGAAAGUUGGAGGAAGCGUUAUUGUUCUCUGGACAGUUCAAGGAUGCCAUUCAAGCGCUUCUCGAUUGGCUGGGCAAGAUGGAAAAACAUUUAUCGGACACUGGACCGUUGCAUGGUGAUUUGGACACUGUAACGAACCUCGUUGAGCAACAUAAAACUUUCGAAAAAGAUUUAGAGUCGCGCGAAUCACAAAUGGAGUCGGUUAUCAAAACUGGUCGUGAGUUAGAAUCCAAAGCUUCGGCGGAAGACGCUUCCAUGAUAAGAUCUCAAUUGUCAGAACUUAACAGCCUAUGGGACACCGUAACACGUCUGUCAUUAAAGAAAACUGCAAGAUUAGAGGAAGCUAUCAAAGAAGCCGAACGUUUGCACAAAGCGGUCCAUGUUUUGUUAGAAUGGUUGAGCGACGCCGAGAUGAAACUUAGAUUCGCUGGACAAUUACCAGAGGAUGAACAAGAGAGUAGAAACCAAUUAAUGGAACAUGAGAAAUUCCUUCGUGAAUUGAAAGCAAAGGAAAUUGAAAAGGAUAAUACUUUGGAAUUGGCUCAUAUGAUCUUGGGUAAAGCUCAUCCCGAUGGAGCUGCCGUUAUCAAACAUUGGAUAACUAUUAUUCAAUCUAGAUGGGAAGAAGUUGCUAUUUGGGCUCAACAAAGAAAUCAGAGACUUGAAAAUCACAUGCGAGGCCUUCAAGAUCUCGAUAAUCUACUAGAGGAAUUAUUGGCUUGGUUAGAAGGAUUAGAAAAUACUUUGAAUGCUCUCGAAAGUGAACCACUACCAGACGAUCGUCCAACCCUCGAAAUGCUCAUUGCUGAUCAUAGAGAAUUUAUGGAAAAUGCAAGUAGAAGACAGAACGAAGUAGAUCGUGUCUGUAAAGCAAGACAGAUCAAAGUAACGAAGGAUGGACGAAAAGUACCGAAAGCUAAAUCACCUGCACCAGUUAAGGAUCAAUAUCAAGAUGUGGAACAAGAACAACCUCCUUCCAGAAAACAAAGCCGAGCCAGCCCGGGUCGCGAGAGGACGCCAGAUCUUUCGUUGCCACACAUUGGUCCACGCUUCCCACCCAAAGGAAGUAAGGGUGCAGAGCCAGAAUUCCGUAGUCCAAGAGUGAAACUCCUAUGGGACAGGUGGCGUCACGUUUGGAUGCUAGCUUGGGAACGUCAACGUCGUCUACAAGACAAAUAUAAUUAUAUUCAAGAGUUGGAUCGUGUUGCUAACUUUAGUUGGGAAGAUUGGCGCAAGAGAUUCCUGAAGUUUAUGAAUCAUAAGAAAUCUCGACUGACGGAUCUCUUUAGGAAAAUGGAUAAAAAUAACGAUGGGCUUAUACCUCGUGAAGAUUUCAUUCAAGGAAUUAUGAAUACCAAAUUUGAAACGUCUCGGUUGGAGAUGGGUGCAGUUGCAGAUCUAUUUGAUCGUCAUGGGGAAGGUUUAAUAGAUUGGAAAGAGUUUAUAGCUGCCUUGAGACCAGACUGGGAGGAACGUCGUACUUAUAAUGAUACUGAUAAGAUACAUGACGAAGUUAAACGAUUAGUUAUGUUGUGUACGUGCCGACAAAAGUUCAGAGUAUUCCAAGUUGGUGAAGGAAAGUACAGGUUUGGUGACAGUCAAAAAUUACGUCUAGUUAGGAUAUUAAGAUCCACAGUGAUGGUUCGAGUAGGAGGUGGUUGGGUAGCACUAGACGAAUUCCUUUUGAAAAAUGAUCCAUGUCGCGUUUUUCUAAUGCCAAUACCGGAUCCUAACAAACCGGAACAACAUGAGGGCUGGUGUCCGCUCGCCAAGGGAAGAACCAAUAUCGAGCUGAGGGAGCAAUUCAUAUUGGCGGAUGGUGUCAGCCAGACAAUGACAGCAUUCAGGUCGAAGCCAAGCCCAACAUCGACCCUUCAACGUACGCAAAUGUCCUCAGCUGGACCCAUCACCAAGGUGAGAGAACGAAGCGCACGAAGCGUACCAAUGGGUCAAUCAAGAGCGUCCCGUUCAUCCCUAAGUGCAGGUACACCAGAUAGUUUGAGUGACAAUGAAGGUUCGUUCAGAAUAUCUGCCAGAAAAACUAGCACACCUUAUAGAAGCAAUCUCACACCAGGUGGUAGCCGACCUUCGAGUAGACCAGCCUCAAGGCCAGCUUCGAGACCAACAAGUAGGCCAGGUAGUAGGCCAGCUUCACGACAAGGAAGUAAACCACCAAGUCGUUAUGGUUCCACGCAAUCAUUAGAUAGUACAGACGAAGCAGGUACACCAAGUCGCAUUCCUCGUAGAACUGCUGUAGGUACAACAGGCAACACACCAACAUCUAGCAGACAUAAUAGUAUUUCUGGUAGACGAUUAGGUACACCUGUCAACGGAGCUAGUUCUAGACCACGUACACCAACUGGUCUGGUUAGUCCAGCUAGUGGCAGUGCAACAUCUAGGUUUGGCUCAAUCCAUAGAGCUUCGAGCAUACCAACCCUGACUGGUGUCGGAACACCGAUCAGCCGGUCUAGGAUACCUGUUUAUGUGGGAAUGGACAUAAAAUCCCCUCAAUCAACAACCAGCAAUAUUUCAACUCAUUCGACACAAAGCAACCAUUCUACAAUUUCUACUGAUUCUACUGGGAGCAGUUCCAUCUGUACAAAUUCAGCAACUAACAUCCCAUUGGCUGUUAAACACGCUAGAACGCGCACACCGUCCAGUGGUUCGAGCACACCACUGCCACCGUCUCUAAAAUUAUCAAGAAAACCAUCAGGAGCAUCAGACACUUCAGUCUCAAAUACUACGUCAAGUGGAACUCGUAAAGGGAAACCAACGCCUAUCGAUCAAAGAGCACCUUUCCGACUGUAAUCUCGACAAUUUCUUUUUUGCCUAACAAUAAUCGAAUAUUUAUCGAGGAGCUUUUUAUCUUAUCCUACGUGUUUGCCUAUCGAAGGAAAAGAGAACAAAAAAAAAGAAAAUGAUGAUAAUAAUAAUAAUAAUAAUUAUCUUGCUUUUCCAUGCCAAAUACACGUUAGUAGAAAUAAUCUGAGUAAUCGUAUAAGAUCGAUUGAAGGAGAAAAAAAUGAAAACGAAAGAAGUUAUUAACUAAAAAAAGAAUAAAAAAAUUAAUAAAAUGAAGAAAGCUAUAUAUCACGAAGGAAUAACAGGAUUACAAGAAUGAUGUAAGAGAGAAAGAGAGCGAGAGAGAGAAAAAGAGAGAAGGGGAACACUUGCGUUUUAUCCGGGUAUAGAUAAAGAGAAGGAAUGAAGUAUUCGAUUUUUAUUUUUUCAAUUUAUAUUUCAUUUCAAUUCUUUUCGCGCCUGGAUGUUUGCUGUCUGUUAAACAAGGAGCACAAAUUCUAGUACGAAGUAUAUACUCUUCGUAAGUGAAGAAUGAGAAGCCAACUCUUUAGUUUGUUCCCGAUAGGAUGAGCUUAUUAUAAAUAUUUGUCUAUUAUGUAAUAUAUCUAUAAGAUUAUACAUGAAGGAUAUAUAAGAAAGAGAGAUAGAGAGCAAAGAGAAGAGACUUUUAUCGGCGAUGUGCGUUGAAAAGUCUUUAUUCGAUAAGAAAUAUUAUACUAUGAAUCGAUAAAGAAAAUAUCGAGAAGGUAUAAAAAAAAAAUAAAAAAUAAAAAGAAUGCGAAAAAGAAAACUGGGUGUUGAUAUAAUCAAUUCACUCAAGACUUUGAGAGCUAUUGUGCGUUAUAUUCAUGCGCUUGAACAUCGAAAAAGUUGAAACUGUUUCGAGAUAAAAGUAAUAAUAAUAAAAAAAAUAUAUUAUAUAUAUUUAAAAAAAGACUUAACAAUAUUAAAAAAAGAAAACCGAAUUGUUAAAUGUAUUAACGUACUAAUAUUAUUACUAUUACUCUGGCGCGUAAAACAUUUUUUUAUUUUAUUUUAUUUUCUUUGGUUUUUCUUUAUAACUGUUUAAUUAUUAUAAUGUAAUUAUAUUUGAUAUGUGUAAUUUUUAGAUUGCUUAGGUAUCACACGCGAAUUUUUUAUAAUAAACCGAAAAGUACAUAAAAUAAUGUACAAUUAGUAUUUUUCUCCAAUGGAUCUACGCGUAAUUCCUUUUGUGUGCGUUGUAUACGUAUGUGUAGAUCAUCGUUCACUUUCAUAGUAUUGUAUUUGUUCUUCCUUUUUUUUCUUCUUUUUUUAUAAUAAUAAUUGAGAGAGAGAGAGAGAGAGAGAGAGAGAGAGAGAGAGAGAGAGAAUGAAAGAGAGUGAGAAAAAGAGAGAGAGAGAGAGAGAGAGAAAGAGAAAGAGAAAGGAAAGGAAGUUUAUCUUAUCAUUUAUUUAUAAAAAAAAACGAACGAGAAAAGAGAAAGAUCCGAACAAAGCGAUCUUUUUGUAUUUCUAUUAUAAGAAUUUAUAUUUUUUUCUUUCUCUCGCUAAGAUGCACAUUUUUUUUGCUGAAAGUUAUUUAAUUAUAUUGCAAUUGUGUGAAAAAAGGAAAAAAGAAAACGUCGAAGAAAUAUAUAACCGAGGUGUAAAUAUUGAUAUACAUUAUGUUUUUUCACCUGACGUUCUAUCAUUUUGAGAAAGAGUUCAUUUUACCAUAGAAACAUGUUCAAAUUGGAAGUAACAUGGUAUGGAAGAGAUCAUAAUCAAACUUAGUUUUAUUAAUACGAAGGCACAAAUUAUUCAAUGUAAUGUGUUGUAUUUUUCUUUAUUAUUAUUAUUAUGUUACACGAAAGAAAUCGUAAAGUUAAAAAGAAAAAAAAAUGAAAAAAAAAACAGAAAAAUGAACUAUACAAUAGAUGAAUCUUUGCGGUAUUUGAAAACAGGUGGACAUACAGGAAAAAAAAAUAUUGUGUAUUAAAGCUAUUAUAAUGUACGUGAACUCUCCGCAAAAGGUUUACAGACUUUUUUAGAACGAAGCUUGUGUAAUGUUUCGUGAUAAAGAAGUCUUUCGCGAUAGACAUUUCCAAUUUUUUAUAAUGCAAACGCGAUUAAUGCGAUGACAUAUUAAUAUAACACGUUUACGUAUAACACAAUUACAUGUGUUAACAAUCUUUUGAACUUUGUUUUCACCUUACUGUACAAUUCUGUAUUAUUGCUGAUGAUGCAGUGAAAAAGAUAUAAAUAUAUACAUAAAUUAAGA